CUUAAUGUAGAAAAUUUUCUUAAGGUCUCUCCACUAUCAUUGACAAUAGUUUCUCUAUAUUCCUCUCUUCUUCUCCUUCAGAGACCCAAAAUACUAAAAAAUAAAAAAUUAGGAAAAAUCUUAUGAAUCAUAAGUACUAGUCAUGUAGUGAUUAUCAUCGAUCAAGAAAUCAAAAAGAGCCGAUCGAAGCCAUGGCUAGUCCUAGCAACAAAGGCAAAGGCAUAACCGAAGGAUCAUCUUCUCAAUCUCAACCGCAACCACAACCACAAGCGCAACCACAACCACUUCCUAACCCACCAGCGUUAAGCCGGUACGAGUCACAGAAACGGCGAGACUGGAACACGUUUUGUCAAUACCUUCGUAACCAGCAACCACCGGUUCACAUCUCACAGUGCGGUUCGAACCACAUCCUAGACUUCCUACAGUAUCUUGACCAGUUCGGAAAGACAAAAGUUCAUGUCCAUGGAUGCGUUUUUUUCGGACAAGUUGAGCCGGCGGGACAGUGCAACUGUCCUCUAAAGCAAGCGUGGGGGAGUUUAGAUGCUUUGAUCGGACGGCUGAGAGCGGCUUACGAGGAGAACGGAGGGUUGCCGGAGAGAAACCCGUUUGCCGGCGGCGGAAUUAGGGUUUUUCUUAGGGAAGUGAGAGAUUCACAGGCCAAGGCAAGAGGAGUUCCGUACAAGAAAAGGAAGAAGAAGAAGAGGAAUCCUAUGAAGAGUGGACAUGGUACUACAGGGACUAGUAGCUCCAACUUGCCAUCUUAGCAAGCAAACAAAAAACAUAUAAUAAAACAAAUGUGAGAUUAAUUAAUGGUAAGCAUUAUUUUUCUCUAUAUUUAAUCUCUAUAAUUUUCAUUUAAUUACAACGUUUAUGAUCUUUUUGGAAUUCUACGUAUUUAUAUGUUAAAGAUCUCGAUAGAACGCUCUUGUUGCAGACUGUAGUUUUUACACACUCCAAACUUAUAAGAUCAUCUAUACUAACAUGUGAAUGGUGAAAAGUUUGAUGAUAUAUAAAUUCUUAAUGAUCUAACUAAA